AUGGAUUACACUAACAAAAAUGAAAGACGUCUGCCAUCUCUAGCCUCCCUAACAAAUGACUUGUCUCUUCCUCCUCCGAUAAGUGCUGCCCCACCUGGUUACAAGCGAGAACAGGAAAUUGGUUACAUGAAUACCGAAUCACAAAUUAAGCAACCGCCAAUAGGCAGUUUUGCAAUUUCAAAUGAUUAUUAUAAUAACAGAUCAAGAAUGCCAUCCGGGAGUGGUAUGCAAGUUUCUUCACUGGAGAAAAAUAACUGGCCGUAUAUUUCGCCUCAACAACCUGGCCAACAGCAGCCCAGCGAAAUUUCGGCGUUUGGCAGAAUACCGAAUACCACAUAUGUAAGAAAGGUAUAUCCUGUUGAUAGGGUUUACACCAGUGUUUCUGCUGAACAAAGAGCACGAUGGUUGAAUAACGAGACCGCAAAACAUCAGAGUCAAUUUAGUGGAUCAAAGAUGCAAUCGAAUAUUAUUCCCUCCUCUAUUUAUCCACAGUCAACAUUGCAACCACAGCAGCAGUUAUCACAUGUCAACACUACGGACCCGACAGGAUUUAAAGCACUUACUGUAGCGGCAGUUACACUGUCAGAUUCGAAAAAUGAGAAUGUUGGCUACAACGCAGAUGGUAACAUAACAAAUCGAGAUAGGAAUGUUCAACUGAAAAAGUUCAACAAUGGCACAGACAUUGGAUCGGAAAGUCGGCAAAUAUCCGCCAAUUCAAGUAUUAUGAGUGGCGAUAUUCAAUUCCAAGGGCCACCAAAGACAUCUAGAUUUUAUAGAUUUUUUGUACCAGACUCGGGAAAACAUCAAUUUGUUAACAAAGAUGCUUUUUCUUUAAUGCAGGGUCCAAACAGCUCGAUAUCCGCUGCUCAAAAAUCUCCAUUGGGAGCGAAAAAUAGUAACGUUACUCAUCAUUACAAUCCAUAUAUUUACCCUCAAAACAGGAAUCGGGUAAAUCCACCUCCCGAUUUUUUGAGCAGAGUACGUGACUCAUAUGCUGAAUCUAGUCCGACAAAAGCAGAUCCUAUCCCAAUAUUACAUCCAACCGAGAAACAGUUCGCAGAUCCAAUCAGAUAUAUAGAAAGUUUACACAAACUUGGCGAGAAAUAUGGUGCUGUCAAGAUCGUCCCGCCCCACAGCUAUAAUCCUAAAUUUGCGGCCAAUCUUGAAUCACUGUGGUUCAAAACCAGAAGGCAGUUGUGGAACUCUCCUGUUAAUGAGCUUGAUGCACGAUUCGAAUUCCAUAUGCAUGUUUUGGAUGCCCAAGAGAAGGGAAAGUUCUCUUUCAACAAACUUCCCUGUAUCGAUAAGCGUUCCGUUGAUCUAUGGAGACUUCACAAAUCGGUCCAGCUUAGAGGAGGAUUUCAGAAGUGUUGCGGUGAGAAGAUGUGGGCUCAGAUGGGUCGGGAGUUAGGCUUUUAUGGCAAAAUAACAAGUUCUUUGUCUUCGUCUAUUAAAUCUGCCUACAUCAGGUAUAUCUUACCUUUAGAGCUCGAAAACAUUCGUAAGAGAAGUCUUAAAAAUAAACAUUAUAUUUCUGGGAAACAGCAUAGGAAAAGAAAUGGAAAAGUGUAUCUUCCUAGAAUAACUGGAUCUGCGUAUGCAUUUAGGAGAUCAAGAAAUCAGCUUAUCUGCAGUGGUUUUAAUCCAUAUUUUGAUCAGGGAACAACUCAAAAGAAAGGUAUUACAAUAAACGAUAGUAAAACCUUGCCAUGCUAUGAUUUUUAUGAAUGGCAUCAUUGCAAAGAGGUUAACGAUACAUCACCAUACCAAACGCGUGUGUCAUCUCUCUACAACAUAAGGCAAUGUAACGAUAAGAGCAAGGUAUUAAAGAGAAUGACGCUCGAUAAUAUGUGCUUUGAAGAAGGUGAUCCUAGAAGCGAGGACCCGCAUGUACUUGAAAAUGCAUUUUGGGAAUAUAUGAAUGACCCUGAAUCUGUCUUAGAGACGGAGUCUGCAUGCAGAAUUUCAACAACGAUACAUGAUUCUGGGUUUGACUCUAGUCCCAAUAAAGAGACUGCGAAGUAUUUUUUGAGUCCAUGGAAUUUUCAUAAUCUUCCUGUAUGCAAAAAUUCUAUUUUGCAAUACUUGAAUACUGGCGAAUACUCUGUUUUAUCUCCGUCAAUGACUUUUGAUAUGUUUUAUAGUGCUCAUAGUUGGACGGCUGAGGAUCAUUGGCUUUACAAUAUUGAUUACGAACAUAUGGGUGAUAAACGAAUUUGCUACUUUAUUCCUUUGAAACAUAGGGAAAAAUAUGAGACUCUUCUAGAAAGACUAAUAAAUGAGAAAGAGGAAGAAGAUGCUGAUUUAUCCAAUUGCUAUAGUACAUUUAAGGAAAUGGUUAAUAAUGAAGACGUCUAUUCAACGACGGUUGAAAACAGAGUUCUGACAGAUGGUAUGGCAUCAAGAUCUCACGCUAAGGAUACAAGAUUUGAGCGAUUUGUGAAACACGAAAAGAGCAAGCGUGUAAAUCAAGAUAUAUUUAUUUCGCCACAAUAUUUGAAGCAGCAUGGAAUCGAAGUAUACGGUUGUAUUCAAGAACCAGGUGAGUUUAUUGUCAAAUUUCCAGGGGCAUUUGGUUCAUCUAUAUCCUUUGGAAGUUGUGUUUCUGAGAAUGUGAAUUUUGCGACACCAAGUUGGUUGGCAUUGUCUGAGCUGUCACUUAAAUGGCUUCAAAAACAGCAGGUUACACCUGCAUUCUCAAAUUUUGAGUUGCUUUUAAACAUUUCAAGAAAGUGUAAAGACUUAUCCGUGUUAAGGGAGUUGCAACCAACGCUAGAAAAUAAAAUUAACGUUGAGCUCAAGCAGAGGGAAGCUGCCCGUACAUAUUGCAUGGGAAAAUUGAAAGAAAGCACUGAUAUUUCUUCUGCCUGGAAGAAUGAAUUUCAUAUCACAGAUGCAGACUUGCUUGAUUGCCGUCCUACAUUUAUUCUCCUUAUAGAUCGGGUUAGGCAAAGCAGCAAAUUCACAAUGUCUUUAGAAUAUUUUUUAAACCAUUUUGAUGUGAAUAAUGAUUUUCGGGAUUUCGAUGCAAUUAUGAUGUUGUACUUUACUGAUGGGGAACUAAACAAAAUUAAGAAUGACCUUCAGUAUCGUUUAAUGACAUGUGAAGCUUGGAUUAAAAAGUAUGAGAACUCUAUUCUGGAGUAUGAUCUUCCGCAGAUGGAUUUAGCAAAAUUACUAGUUGUUGAAGGGGAAAGAAUUUUAGAGAAUAAAUCGGUCACUGAGUUGGAUUUCAUAGUACAAAAAACGAGAAAUUGCCUUGCAAACUUAAAAAAGCAAAUCUCACUUACAGAAACCUGGUCUUUCGCCGCUAAGAAAUUAUUGCAUAAGAAGAAUUCCAACAUCUGGGUGAGUAUUUCCGAGAUAAAAGGUCUUAUGAUGAAGAUUUCAGAUUUGGUGCUCAUAACCCCAGAAAUCGAAGAGUUUAAAGACCUGGCAAAGGCUGUUUCAAAUUUAAAUAGAGAUAUUCAAACUAGAAUUUGUGAUGCAGAUGAGCAUAAUUCCCCUGUUUCCAAGUUGAAGGAGUUAUAUAACAAGGGACAGCAACUUAAAAUUAAAUUUGGUUUACUGGACGUUUUAAGCGAUGUUGUUAAGCGACGUUUGUGGACUGAUAAAGUCUGGUCAGUCGAGCAAGGAAAACUUUUAUAUUCCUAUGAUGAUCUUUUGGAGGAGGGCAGACAUAUCGGAAAGCGUGAGGAUGGUGCAAUUUUAGAAAAGUUACAAAAUUUAAAUGAAACUAGCAAGGAACUUGAGAAAGAGGCUCAAACUUUGAAGGAAAGGUCCUAUACGCAGGUAUCUGGUGAUGAAUUGAAGCAUCUCAGUAAGAGGCUUAAUAGAAUUUGGAUAGAUGUAUCCAUUCGCUCAGACAUCGAAGCACUCGUGAAAGAGUACGAAAAUUCGGGUUCCUAUUUGAAAAGUUUGGUUACAACCUUCAAAGAAAUUCAGGAUAAAAAAAUAUCGAAUACUGAAAUUAUGGUUGUAAGCUUGAAGGACAUCUCAACCAACAUUUCAAAAGCAUCAAUGUUCAUAGAAUUACAGUGUCUGGUAAAGCAGGUACGCGAAAAAAUUGUGAUGCCAUUAGAAUGCUUUUAUGAACGUAUGAAAGAAGCUUUUGUUGAAUUUCCAAAGGACGAGAUGACACUUGAACAUUCACUUGAGAGAAUGGUUCUUCACGAUAAGCGUAUUUUUGGCGAAAAGAUGGAUAGUCACAAUUAUUGCGUUUGUCGAAGUUCUAAGGAAGAUGAUGCUAUGAUAGAGUGUGAAGCAUGCCAAGAAUGGUAUCACUUCAAAUGUUUAGGGUUAGAUUCGGACAGUAUCAGCAGUGAAGAUCUAAAUAAAAUGGGCUUUUUCUGUCCAAUAUGUGACUUUGAUGAUAAGUUGACAACUACAAAGCAGCAAAAUGAAAUUAGAAAUAAGCGCCCUCGCAUGGAAGCUCUGGAGAAUUUGUUUUCCUGGAUAAAGCAAAAUAUCACAGUUCGGUCCAAGGUGGUUUCAUUGAUUGUUGAACUCUACGAAGAUGGAGCUAAAUUCCGUUCCGAUUUUCAAGAAACGCUAAUUAAGUAUAAUAGUGAAGGAGAUAUUUCUGAAACGGAUCAAGACAAGGUACUUUUUGUCCUCAGAAUACUGGAGGCCAGUAGUAUUAACUUCACGAAGGACAGAGAAGAAUUAAGGGGGAGAUUGCGUGCGCUAUAUGACAAAUGA